GAGCCACAUACUCAAGUCUCGCGAGCUGCUGAGAAGGACGAAGGAAGGGAGAAAAUGUUCCCUUGCGGGCCUGGCAGUCCUUCGAUCCCGGUACCUUGGGCUGCGGCCCUGCUCCUCGCUCUGGGCGUGGAAAGGGCUCUGGCGAUACCCGAGAUAUGCAUCCAGUGUCCAGGGAGUGUGCAAAAUUUGUCAAAAGUGGCCCUUUAUUGUAAGCAGACACCAGAGCUAAUGUUGCACGCCCGCUGCUGCCUGAAUCAGAAGGGCACCAUUCUGGGGCUGGAUCUCCAAAACUGUUCUCUGAAGGACCUAGGUCUAAAUUUUCCUCAGGCACAUACUGCUAUCAUCAUAGACCUGCAAGCAAACCCCCUCAAGCAUGACUUGUCUGACAGCUUCCAUGGCUUCACCCAGCUCCAGACUCUGAUACUGCCACAAGAUGUCAACUGUCCUGGAGGUAUAAAUGCCUGGAAUACUGUCACCUUGUAUACAAACAACCAAACCUGCCUGGGGCAAAGGAACCUUUGUAAUAGCACUAGGGAUGCAGAAAUAUGUCCUGAGAAUGGAUCUUGUGUGCCUGAUGGUCCAGGUCUCUUGCUGUGUGUUUGUGCCGAUGGCUUCCAUGGCUACAAGUGUAUGCGCCAGGGCUCGUUCCCGCUGCUUAUGUUCUUCGGGAUUCUGGGAUCCGCCACAUUAUCCAUAUCCAUCUUGCUUUGGGGGACCCAACGCCGAAAAGCCAAGGCUUCGUGAACCAAAUAGGUCUUCCUACUGACCUAAAUAUCCUGAUCUAUCUUAGCUCAGCCAGGGAUAUUUGAUUCCUAGGCGGAUUGGACAGCGGGUCGUCCUCAAGGCUGAGGCCGCCAUUGGAAGAUGGAAAAUUGCACAAUGCCGAGCGUCACUCCAGUCCAGAAAAGGACUAGUACCAGUUCCCAUUUGUGCUGUUAACUAUAAUAAACUUUUUUUUUUUUUUUCUUUUA